AUGUUGUGGAAAGAGUCUAUUCAUAUCUAUCUAUCUCAUUCAUCAUCUAUUCAUAUCUAUCUAUCUAUCUAUCUGAGUCUAUUCAUAUCUAUCUAUCUAUCUAUCUAUCUAUCUAUCUAUCUAUCUAUCUAUCUAUCUGAGUCUAUUCAUAUCUAUCUAUCUGAGUCUAUUCAUAUCUAUCUAUCUAUCUAUCUGAAUCUAUUCAUAUCUAUCUAUCUAUCUAUCUAUCUAUCUAUCUAUCUAUCUAUCUAUCUAUCUCAGUCUAUUCAUAUCUAUCUAUCUAUCUAUCUAUCUAUCUAUCUAUCUAUCUAUCUGUGUACUUUUUUUUAUCUUUCUUCAUUGCCUGUUUGUUCACUCUUUCUUUCUUUCUUUCUUUCUUUCUUUCUUUCUUUAUUUAUUUCUUAUUUUGUCAGUUAUUUAAAGCUUCAGUUUUUGUCAUUUUGUCUUUUUUUUCUGAUUGUUUUCUUAACUCGAUUGAUGACUUUUUCUUUCUUUCUUUCUUUCUUUCUUUCUUUCUUUCUUUCUUUCUUUCUUUGUGAUUUCUUUCUUUCUUUCUUUCUUUCUUUCUUUCUUUGUGAUUUCUGUCUUCACAUUUCUCAUUUAAUCCGGAACUGUCUGCAUCAUUCGAUUUUAUAA